AUGUCAGCAAUGCAACAAGUCUUCGCCACCACCGAGCUAUUCGACUAUAUACUCUCCUACGUCCUGGAUGCUACCCAUUGCAUUGCAGAUCAAGAAGAUCCGAGAUCCGUCAAGACACAUCACAAUGCACGACUUCUUCAGAACCUACUGAGGAGCUCACGGGUGGACCGCCAAUGGCGUAAUCAUAUCCUGGGCAGCACUUAUACCAAAGGAGCUUUGUUCUACAUAUCGGAUCCCACCACACAGCGUGCUUGGGAGCAGACACACCCCCGCUCAAGCACGGGAGCAGUAUACCGUCCAGUAGACGUACAUGCGCCCACACUCAAUCCCAUCAUACAGACAACGUUCCCAAGCUACAACUUCCGCUUCUGCUUCAACACAUCCGUGGGCGAGGACUGUCAGGCAACACCACGGCAUAGUGCAUUCCUAAUCAUCACGAAAAGAGAGCUACCCAAUUUGCAGACCCGAGAAGCCACUGGUCAGGGCUGCCGAAUCCCUGAAAUGCUUCUUGCUCAGCCUCCUUGUGUUGCUCUCAAGGCUGCAAUCUACGAAGAGAUCGAUGAUAUGAAAGAGUAUCUUGGCCGGACCACGAGUCUGACAGAUCCUGUUAUCCGCUGCGAGCAAGGCUUGACGCUGGGAAUGGUGCAUGAGAGAGUCGGAGCAAUGUUCGAGAAGCACCCUGAUGUAGCGGCGAUCAAUUUGACGACUUUGUAG